AUGAGGAUUAGUCGGCGAAAGCAGUUUAAGCGCGUGAUGCGCUUCUACUCCGUCGGCUUCGGCAUCAGGGAGCCUUUCAAGGUCCUUGUGGACGGAACCUUUCUAACCGCGGCGCUGAAGCACCGAAUCUCGCUCGCGGACAAGCUCCCUCUUCUUCUUGGCGGGCAGUGCUCCACAAUGGUGACGCCGUGCAUCGUGAGCGAGUUGCGGCAGCUGCCACGCGAGAAGAGCGCGGGCGCCAUUGCGGCAUGCAAGCGCUUUCGUCGCUUCAAGUGCGGACACGAGCUCGACGACGCGCGGAGCCACCUGGUGACUCUGCCGGAAAACGCGGAUCCCACCGAGUCGCAGGAGGAGGAGAAGGAGCCCAGCGGCGAGAAUGAGGCGGCGUGGGCGCACGCAGCCCCAGACGCCGAAGCCGGGGCCGCGCCGAGAGAGAAGUUCUCUCUCCAUCCCGCUCUUUCGGCCUUCCGCGCGCGACAGGAAGAAGAGCGACUCGGCACGGGCUUCGCAAAGAAGCGCCGCCACGCGCCUGCCGGGGGCCCCGCGGCGGCCUCCGCCGCCGCCGAGGCUGAGUCUGUAGAGCGCGACGAAGCGACGUCGGGAUCCGUUUUCUGCGCAGAUGCCUUCCGCUGCGUCUGCCGUGUGAUUGGGCACAAAAACCCUUCCAAGCUCUGCGUGGCUACGCAGGACAAACGCCUUCGAGAAAGACUGAGGCAGAUUCCGGGCGUGCCGCUGAUCUUCAUUUACAAGGGAGGCAUUCUGCAACUGGAGCCGCCGACCUCGAAGACGCGCGAGACGCACAAGCAAGAGGAGAAGAAAAAACUCAAGAUGGGGAAAGCCGAGCGCCGGCUCUUCCACGAGACACGGCGGAAAGUGAAGGCGCAGAACGCCCUCGCAGGCGGCGCCAAGCCGGGAGCCCCCGGCGGGAUGGCCGCGGUCUCGACAGAGAAGAAAAAGAAGCAGGGACGGAAGGGCGUGAAUCCGCUCUCGUGCAAGAAGGCGCAGAAGACUGUCACCGUUCCGCCUAAGACCGCCACGAAAAAACGAACGCGAUCCAGGAGAAAGAAGAGCGCCGCGUCCGGCGCAGAAAGAUCGGCCGCGUCGUCGUGA